UCAAAAGAAACGAAAAUCAUGAAUCGAUUGCCGCUCCGCGUACGGCAAAUUUCUGAGUGUUUUCGAGAAAAAUCACUGGAUCCUGGAUCGGUUGUGGAGCUAACAUUAGCAGCGAUCGAUCGCCAAAAAACAUUGAAUGCUUUCGUUCGAGUUGCGACCACCAAGGCCCUGCAGCAAGCCGAACAAUCCCGGGAACGGUGGAACCGAAAUGCACCCCGAGACGUAAACCUCGACGGAGUCACGGUUGCGGUAAAAGACAAUUUUUGCACCAAAGGACUACACACAACAUGUGCCUCUCGAAUGCUGGAGAACUUCGUCCCGACGUACAGCGCUACGGUUGUGGACCGCUUAGAGCAACGGGGGGCGAUUCUGCUCGGUAAAACCAACCUCGACCAGUUUGGCAUGGGUUCUGGCUGUGUAGAUUCAAUUUUCGGACCGACACGGAACAGUUGGAGCGAAAAUCUCGCCGAUGAUCAGUUCCGUAUAGCGGGAGGCAGCUCUGGAGGAUCGGCAGUUGCGGUGGCCGCCGGAUUGUGCUACGCUGCUCUUGGCUCGGAUACGGGAGGCUCAACAAGAAAUCCCGCUUCGUACUGCGGGAUAGUCGGUUUGAAACCUACAUAUGGACUACUCUCCAGGCAUGGGCUCAUUCCCCUCGUCAACUCAAUGGAUGUUCCUGGCAUUAUGACACGCACGAUAGAAGAUUGUGCGAUUGUUCUCAACGCUAUCGCAGGUCCAGAUGACCGAGACUCGACAACCGUAAAAAGACCUUUUCUCCCGAUCAAACUCGACUCGAGUUUUGUGAAAGGAUUACGAGUGGGCAUACCGAGAGAGUACCACUGUGAGGGUUUGGACAAGGAGGUUUUGGAAUGUUGGACUCGUGUAGCUGAUUUACUGGAAAGAGCCGGUGCAACGGUCACAUCGGUGUCGAUGCCAUACACGGCAUCCUCGAUUUUCGUCUAUUCGAUCCUCAAUCAAUGCGAGGUGAGCAGUAACAUGGCGCGGUACGAUGGCAUUGAGUACGGGCAUCGGUCAAAGGAAGAUGCAAGCACGGAACAACUGUACGCCAAGACGAGAGCGGAAGGUUUCAACAGCGUGGUUAAAAACCGAAUUCUUUCCGGAAACUAUUUUUUGCUGCGCCGCAACUACGACAAGUACUUUGAGAAAGCCCUCAAGGUGCGCCGACUGAUUGCGGAGGAUUUUGUUCGAGCGUUUAACGAUGUGGAUAUUCUGCUUACCCCGACCACGCUAAGCGAUGCUCCGUUGUACAAGGACUUCAUUCGAAGCAACAAUCGUGAUCAGUGUGCGGUACAGGACUUUUGCACUCAAUCAGCAAACAUGGCAGGCAUACCUGCGCUUUCUCUGCCGAUAAGCCUGUCCUCUCGACGAUUGCCACUUAGUUUGCAGUUGAUGGGCGAUCACUUCUCCGAAGAGCUGCUGCUGAGGGUUGGUGCAUGGAUAGAAAAGGAAGUAGAUUUCUUGGCAAACUACAGCGAGCAUCGUUAG